GUCACCCCUGUAGACGGAAGUGGGGAAUGUCUGCAUGACACACAGGCACUCAUAACAGCACACACCUCCUGGUCUUCACACGCUCUGCCUCUGGUGCUCCAAGCCUGGCUUUUUCGGUGUCUCUUUCCCCCCCCCACAACUGUUCCUGGAUUAUACAAGGCGCUCUCAACAUGGGGAACAUGGCUUGUGUUCCCCAGGCACCUGGCAGGUUCAGAUACUCCUUCUCGAGGAAGCCCUCGCUUAGGAAAGAACAAGAGAGCAAAAAAAAGCUAGCCAGCCUGUUUGGUUUUGAACCAGGACAGGAGAGGGAUGUUACCUCAGACAAGAUACUCCAGUAUAUUCCUGGCAAGAACCUCACCAACCAGGAAAAUGAGAAGGAAAAUUUUGACCAGCGGUUCCCAAGCCUUUUCAAGAAGGGGAGGAGGAAGACAGUGGUGCGGAACCUAGGGAAAAUUAUCUAUUACUCUAAAGUCAAGUUUAAAUUUCAGCACUCUCAGGAGAUGAAUGACUGCUACCUGGAACUCUUUCAAGCCUACCUUUAUUUUCAGUCCCUUGGUCCCAAUGGACUCACCUACCAGGGAUUGCUACCUUUGAGAGAACUCCAGCUGAAUGAGCUUGAAAACCCAAAGGGAGCCCAACAGGAGAUCCAUGCUUUUCAAAUUACAGGUCCCUUGCUGAACCCCCUGAUUGUCUACUGCCCCAGCAGGUCUGAGCUGAAGCGUUGGCUCUAUCACUUGGAGAAGCAGAUCCAUUUAAACGGAGGGAGCCUUGACCUGCCCUUCCUGACCCAGAACGAAUGGAAGCAGAGCUCCAUCGGGAGAGAGCAGCUGAGGUGCUCUGUGCAGCAUGCCCCCGUGAAGGAGUGGAGAGGCACCCAGCGGGAAUCUUUGGGAGACAUCCUAUGCGUCUCCAAAGUGAAGCUGCAGCAUUUUCCCUUCCAGGAACAGCAUGACCGACUGUUGAUCCUCUAUCCUUCCACCCUGGUCAUCGUAUCCGAAGAACGCAAUGGCCUCUACUUUAAGGGAGAAUUGCCUCUGAAUGCAAUCCAGGUGCAGUUUGAAGAGAACAAGAAAACAUCUUUCCUAAUAGAAGGCCGAUUAAUCAACUCCAUCCGGGUGAUUUGCCCCAGCUAUGACGAUUACCAAGAGUGGCUGUACUGCCUUAAAACAGCUCAGUUCCACAAUGCUGAUUCUUCCCUGUCUGGAUCAGAGAGCUUCUCGGGACCAAAACCACCGCACCUGGCUCAGUUCUCAGGAAGCGGGAGAGGCUCGCUCACCUCUGACGGCCGAACGAACUCCUGGGCAUCUGGAGGGAAGGGGGCGGCCUCCACGCACCACUCCCAGAACAGCGCAGGUUCUCUUUCCGAGAGGCAGCCAUUUGGUGUCACGCCAGACAGCCGACUAAAUGAUGACUCCCAGCCCCAGUCAGUCCAUUGUCCGGGAAACCCAGUCUCAACAAGCACAGGGAUGCCGAAUGCCGAGCUGAAAAGGAAAGGAAGCUCUCGAAAAUCCAAAGGGAAGUGUGGCCCACUGACCCAGCACCCGCAGCCCCACAGCCAGGAUGGGGAAAGGGACCAUUUCCAACUCAUCCCAGAGCAUCCCAAUGGAGACGUCUUAUCUCCGGUGUACAAUGAGCCAUACUCAGCCCUAGUCCAGCACCACCACCACCCUGCUGUUCCCCCGCUGCAUUUGGACAUGAACAACCUGAAACAAUGGAACCUGCCUAGAAGUCAGAACUGCAUGGCGCCCGAAAACGUGAACACGCCUCUCUCUUGCUCCCCUAUGUAUGCCGACCCCUACACGCCAAAUUCCCCCUCUUCACAUGGAGCAGCAGACACCAACUUCCUAGAAGAGUUCAUGAGAUGCCAUGGGAAGAAUGCCUCGGAGCAGCAAAAUGGCUACCCGGCCAUGCCAGUGUCCAUCCCUGUCUCCCAUCAUCCUCCGGUGCAUAAGAAGAACUCCCAACCAUUGCCCGGCAACCACUGGAGAGAACCAAGUGCUCCAAAUAGAUGCAGCAUCCUUGGGCCUGCUUUUAAUUUCUCAGUGAUGCCUCCUUCAGACACUGAUUUGACCACAAGCACCUUAUCAAGGGAUGAAUUUCUGACAACUUCCUUGCUGGCUUCAGUUGAAAGCAUCGGAACGUACGACCUGCCUGAAAGCGGACGAGAGCGGCUCGACUCUGCCUAUCACGAUUACGCCGAACUCCAGAGUUUCCAGAGCGACUUUAGUUACGACAAUAUCUGGGAAACCGAGGCGAAGAAGUCCGGGUCCCGACGGACGGUGCCAGUCUCUGACAACGAGAUCUACCAUUGUUGAAAGGGGAGGGGCUUGGAGCACUAAGGAGGACAACUGAAAGCACCAGAAAGAAACAUGACUGUCUGCCCUCUCCAGCCCUCUGCUUUUGUGCUGGGUAAUAUAAGGAUUGGAUAGUGGGUUCCAGGCUACCCAGGCUCCCCUUCUGUUUUCUUUAUCCCCCCCCCACAAAAGCAACAAGUUUCUGUAUCCUAGGGAAAGUUAUGGCCCUUGUUUCUAGACAAGCUUUGUUUUCUUUUGUCCCUUCACUUGCCAACACGGUGCUCUGUGAAACUGGUCUGAAAACGGAGCCUGAAAUUCCAGCAAGAGCUCCAUCCCAUCUGUUGUGCCUGCAUUUGUGGAUUUGCAGCUGGGACCCUGGCCUCUUGGCAACUGUUAUGAAGCAAAAAAUGUACAUUUUGCCUUUGAACAGAGGGAGUGUGGCAGAUCUCUCAGGAGAGAGGUGCCACGACUGAAAAGGCCUUUGUCACUGUUGGGGCAGGCCGAAAUGGAAGCCUUCAUUUUGCAUCUGGCUGACGGAUCUUGCCAUUCUCCUAUGCAAGAAGAACAGGGAGGGAAGUCACAUUCCCUAGCCAGGACACUUAGGUGUAAAAGCGAGAGGCUGUAUUUUUAAAACCCACCGCUUGAUCCAAAAGAUGUAGAAGAAGAACAGGAUGCUUGUCAUGUGCUUGGAAAUACCACAGAGCAAUAGAACGACAGACCGCCUGCAAACUGGAUUUACUUGGCUCUGCAGUAUUAGGAACACUGCCAUUUACCGAAUCAGACCAGUACUGACCUGGUGAGACAGAGAGACAGUGCAAGGCCAGAAUUUUCUGGGUUCCAAAUUCGGGAACCCACAGCAAUGGCCUACAAGCAAUUGGGUCAAGUCUGCUUUAAUUAUCAUCAUCAUUAUUUAUUAUAAACUGCAUUUAUAUCCCACCAUUCCUUCAAGGAGCUCAAGGUGUAGCACAGUAUUCUUCAACCUUUGGGUCCCCAGAUGUUGCUGAACUACAGCUCCCAUCAUCCUUGGCCACUGGCUAAGCUGGCUGGGGUUGAUGGGAGUUGUAGUCCAACAACAUCUGGGGACCCAAGGCUGAAGAACAGUGCUAGUUUUUCCUCCCCUUUAAUCUCACAACAACCCUGUGACGUAGCGUAGGCUGGGAGACAAAGUCAUCCAGUGAGCUUCAUGACUGAGUGGAGAUUUGAACCUGGGGUUCCCAAAUCUUAGUCCAGCACUCUGAACUAUUGACACCUCACUGUAGGCUUGAUUAUGUUCUGGUGGUAUUGUAUCAGAAAAGUGCCUGGUGUGCCCAUCUUUACUUGAAUGUUUUUUUUAAGAGAUUAUUUUAAACAAAGAACAACCAGCAAAGUUUACAUGUAGCUUUUUCAUGAUAUGUUCUAUUUAAUACCUAAACGCGUGUGCCUUUGGGAGGUGGGAGGAGGAACUAAUGCUGUUUAAUUGUUGACAAAACUCUGGAUUGUUCUUGGACCUGCCCUUUUCAGCCGGUCCAGAGUCAGUGGUGGCUGAUGCCCCUUGGGACUGGUGGGGCAGAAGGCAGGGAGCUCCACAGCAGGUCUAGCCAGAGCCAACGACAGGCAGUGCCAAUUGAUGCUAGGUCUGUCCCCAUCUUCCUCCUCCCAGCCGAGUUCUACAAGGGCAAUACUGAGACUAAGGGAGGAGAAGCUGACAGCCAGUGCCACCCCUGGACUGGUUAUAAAUAAACAGGCAGGCAGGCAGGCAACACCUGGCUGAGGUUGGUGGGCCCCACUAGAGCAGCCUCCUCUGUCCAGAGUUACACCAACUUAAGGACUGAUGUUUCUGGCAGUAUUUUAAAUUCCAAGUUAUCCCCCCUUUUUUGUGUGUAUUUUCAAGAAAGAAGGAAGGUUUAGACCUAGGCCACAUCCACACCAUGCAUUUAUUCCACUAUUAUUCCACUUUAAACAACUGUGGAUUCCCCAAAAGAAUCCUGGGAACUGCAGUUUGUGAAGGGGUGCUGAGAGUUGUUAGGAGACCCCUGUUCUCCUCCCAGAGCUACAGUUCCCAGAGUGGUUUAACAGAGGACUCUGGGAAUUGGAGCUCUGUGAGGGGAAUAGAUGUCUCUCAGUGCCCUUCGCUAACUACACUUCCCAGGAUUCUUUGUGGGAAGCCAUAACUGUUUAAAGUGGAAUAAUAGCAGAAUAAAUGUAUGGUGUGAAUGCGGCCUUAGUGGGAGAGCAGGAGGUUUUGGGUAUUUUUUUUAACAGAGCUUGUAUAAGGAUGAUGGGUGUCAGAAUGUACAGGGCUCAGACCACAGCUGUAUUAGAGCCAUGUUCAAAGAUCUUGGAGGAGACUGUGUUUGUGUGUGUGUGUGUGUUUGUAUAAGAGGUUAUUGCAGCAAGGUUGCAAAUGUAUACAAUCGACAUGCUGUACAGGUCUCUUGACAAUUUCUUUCAAGACCAUACUGCUAAUAAAGUUAAUAUAUCUGAAGAGUUUGCUGCUCCCUGA